UGAAAAAACAAAGAGUUGCAGAGAUUCAUCUUCAAAAAUGGGGAGAGCUCCUUGCUGUGAUAAGAUGGGAUUGAAAAAAGGUCCAUGGACUCCUCAAGAAGACCACAUUUUAGUCUCUUUUAUUAAAAAACAUGGCCAUGAAAAUUGGCGAGCCUUACCCAAACAAGCUGGUCUUCUAAGAUGCGGGAAGAGUUGCAGAUUACGAUGGAUAAACUAUUUGAGGCCUGAUAUUAAGCGGGGGAACUUCACUUUUGAAGAGGAGGAAAUCAUCAUUCAACUCCAUGAAAUGUUAGGGAAUAGGUGGUCAGCAAUAGCAGCGAAAUUGCCAGGAAGAACAGACAAUGAGAUAAAAAAUGUAUGGCACACUCACUUGAAGAAGAGACUCAAUCAAUACCAGACCAAUCCAGGCAACCCCAAGUCCAAAAACAAGACGAAAUCCGAGCCUUCCAUAACAAGCCAAUCGAGUGACGAGGUCCCAUCAUCAUUAUCAUGUGAAAUUUCCUCCAUUACCGACACAAGUGAUCAUAGGGAAGCUGACAACAUCCAGGCUGAAAACAUGGUGGUUUCUUGGGAAUGUUUCCUGGAAAUCGAUGAAAGUUUCUGGUCCGAUAACCCGGCCACUCCGCUAUUGAACUUCGAACCGGUCUCCGAUGAAGUUGGUUCGUUUUCGAUUGAUCGUCAAAAUGUUGAUGAUGAUUCGAUGGAGUUUUGGUACGACAUGCUCAUUAAAGCUGGAGGUGAGGGAGAUUUCAUUGCACACCUGUAAAGUAAACCACUUCGAAAAGCAAAGUCUUGUGAGGAAGAUUAUGGUUUCAUUCAGAGGGACAAUUGUGGGGAAGAUAUUUCGGUGGUGGGUGGCCAGACAUGAAAAUAAGAGGCAAAAGGAAAUAUUGACUUGGAAACCAUUAGUGGAUUGGGAUGGGUUAGAAC